CCCGGGCGCACUUGGGAGGGGCACCACCCAAAUGGGGCGAGGGGACGGGGAACCGCCGGGAAGGGGUGAUGCCGGGACAGCCGGGCCCGCGGCGCUGAGCGCGGCCGUGGCGGCUGCGGCGGUGGCACUGGUCGCCGCCCUGCUCCUGCUGCGCUGUGAGGACGCGGGGUCGGGGGCUGGCUCCAGCAUGGCCGAGACUGAGGCGCUGCCGAAGCUUCGGGAAGACUUCAGGAUGCAGAAUAAAUCUGUCUUUAUUCUGGGCGCCAGCGGGGAAACCGGCAGAGUGCUCUUAAAAGAAAUCUUGGAACAGAGCCUGUUUUCCAAAGUCACGCUCAUUGGCCGGAGAAAGCUCACCUUCGAUGAGGAUGCUUAUAAAAAUGUGAACCAAGAAGUGGUGGACUUUGAAAAGUUGGAUGACUACGCUUCUGCCUUUCAAGGUCAUGAUGUUGGAUUUUGUUGCCUGGGUACCACCAGAAGAAAAGCUGGAGCGGAAGGAUUUGUUCGUGUCGAUCGAGAUUAUGUCCUCAAGUCUGCGGAGCUGGCAAAAGCUGGAGGGUGCAAACAUUUUAACUUGCUGUCCUCUAAGGGAGCUGAUAAGUCAAGCAAUUUUUUAUAUCUGCAAGUUAAGGGAGAAGUGGAAGCUAGGGUUGAAGAACUACAAUUUGAUCGUUACUCUGUGUUCAGGCCUGGAGUUCUACUGUGUGACAGGCAAGAAUCUCGCCCAGGGGAAUGGUUGGUUAGGAAAUUCUUUGGCUCCUUACCAGAAUAUUGGGCCAGUGGGCACUCUGUGCCAGUGACAACUGUGGUUAGGGCCAUGCUGAACAACGCAGUGAGCCCAAGCGGCAAGAAGAAGGAACUGCUGGAUAAUAAGGCCAUCCAUGACCUGGGGAAAGCCGAUAGCUCUCUCACGCCAUGACCACGCUGGAGAAACGCUUUCUACUGUAAAGCUCAACACCCGCCACCUUAUUGGUACUUUCAGGGACAAAAAAAGUCAGUGUGCUUUAACUGUGGUUUCACUAGUCUCAGCUGCCCAGAUCAUAUCAAAAAUUACUGUGUUCUGCACCAGCAGUUCAGAGCCUGGGUGGACGUAUGGAUACAUCACCCAGGGAGCUUUUCAAAAAUAGAGAUUUGUAGGCUCUACCUCUAACCUCUGAAGAAGAAUCUUCAGGGUAUGAGCGCAGGAAUCUGUUGGUUUUUUUAAAGCUUCCCCUAGUGUUUCUGGUGCCACUGGUGGGAUGGCCUGCUUUGAAAAGCUUCUCUGCAGUCAGAGUAGCAGCACAAACCUUAUCUAUUAUGCAGAUGAUUUCUAUUCUAAAAUUGUCAUUUGUGUCUUUGAGUUACCCGGCCCCGACUGCUGUAUUUGUGUCAGUGGGCAUCGUGCCUUACUACUUCUUUACAAUGUAUAAUAAAAGUCAUUAUAUAA